GUUAGGGAGACGACAUUGUGGAUGGUAUUAUACCAAACCUGCAAAUUACUUCUUUGGUUUAUACCCUUUUCUAUACCAAUGGUUACCAAGACUUGACCACCCAUGAAGCUAACGAUAGAAAUGGAGAAACCAGAAAUUAAGGAUGAAAAGGGUGAAAAUGAAGAAAGGGAUAAAUCAAUGGGUCCCAAGGGUAUGGUUGAUAUGUAUAGUCAAUCGGCAACAAUCCAUGGAGUUUCGAAAGUUGGAGCUCCACAAAUUUACAGAUUUAGAAGGCUUACAUGGGUUACAUUACUGAUUGUCAUGUCCAUUGUCCUGACAUGCUUAGUCUACAUGGAAUUUCGACGUUAUCAAGAACAUCCGUCCUCGACGAUUGUAAAGGCUGAAUUUCACAACGAGUUGGUUUUUCCGGCCGUAACCAUUUGUAACACAAACCAGUAUCAUCGUAACAGGCUACCCCACCAUGUCCCACUUCUGGAGUUGCUUUAUAACCUCAGUGAAUUUGCCCAUAUAGGGAAAUAUCUGAAUCAGAUAAGAGAUACUCACAACAACGGGCCCAGUGAGAUAGUCGACCACUCUGGGGAUUACCUUUAUUCUUUUGCUAUGGAUGCCGCACAUACCCUGGACGAGAUGUUUCUGUAUUGCACGUGGCAAGGACGCAACAUCAACUGCAGUGAGGUUUUUGAAAGGGAGGUAACCGAUUUCGGAGUGUGUUAUCGCUUUAAUGGAAAUGCCUCUGAUGUAUUGACGACGACCACCAGUGGACCUGGUGGGGGGCUGCGUGUGAUGCUAGAUAUUCAGCAAAUAUUUUCUUUCUUCUCCGCUACAUCACAAUCAGGCAUUAAGGUAUUAUUAAAUGAGCCGAAUGAAGCUCCGAAUUUAUUCAAUCACGGAUUGUUCGUAAGACCAGGGACCUCCACGGCACUCAGUAUCAGGAAAGAAGAGUCAGUCGGUCUGGGGAGUCCAUAUAAAGCUUUUGGAACAUCCUACUGUUAUGAUACUGAUGAGGAGGGAUUUGAGACACCAUUGAAGAGAUUCGCCAACUACACGUACACCAGAACCACAUGUCAAAGAAAUUGUGUACUGAACUACAUGGCCCACAAAUGCAAUUGUCGACAUUUCUUUAGUCCAGGAACAGAAGUGUAUUGUUCUGUAGAACAAUUUGAGAACUGUUAUCUUCCAACAUUGGCAGACAAGAAAAUGGAGAAAGUGUUAAAUAUGUGCACUGCUUGUCCAAGUAGAUGUCAUACUAUCAAGUAUAACACACAACUGUCAUCGGCUGACUUUGCUUCAAGUUUUAUAAUUGAUUAUAUGGUUGCUACAAACAUGAUGCAAGACAAGGAAUACAUACGGAAUAAUGUGAUUGAUCUGAGGAUAUUCUACGAUACCUUGACAGUUACCAAAACAGAACAGAUACCAGAGCUGACGGUACAGGGAAUCGUCGCUGAUCUUGGGGGACAUAUGGGACUGUUUCUCGGGGCGAGUCUGCUCUCACUGACUGAAUUGGUCGAGUUCAUUGCUCUCCUGAUAGUAGAAUUCUUCAAUAGAAGACGUUUGAAGAAAUCUGCUUCUUGUCAACAAAAGAAAGAUGAAACCAUUUCAUGAGUUUUUCACUGUGCCACAGACUGUGGUAAUCGUGAACCACGCUGGCGUUGGUAGUUAUGGUAUCACAAUGGUAGUCACGUGCAAACGACUGAAGAUAUCUAAGGCAAACUGACGUUUGUUCUGAUGGCGAUUACCAAGAAAGGAAAAAGAAUAAAUACCGCA